AUGUUGGGCAAAAGGAUGCACCAUAACAGUAAAGGGAGAUUAGCUGCCAAGGGUCAUGAUAACGGUAAACCAGCGAGUCCUGGAUUAUCUCCUUACAAUAAACCAGCUAAAUUACCAGGUUCAAUAUCUGCUGGCAAGACUAGGGCGGAAAUGUGUCCUAUCCCGUACAUACGACAACAAGAUAAUCCUGUGUCUUUACCUAGACUCACUGCUAUUGCAGCAAGAUCUGCUGAUGAACCUAUUGGCAUGGAUGAAUUAGAUGCAUUGCAACUGGAGCUUGAGACAUUGCUUUGCAAUACAGCACUUCGUAUAAGAUAUUUUCAGGGCGAAAUUGAAAGUAUUGAUACAAAUGAAUCAAAAAGAGAGAAAAAGGUCAAAGCAGCAGGCAAACAGUUACAAUAUCCUGGCAAAAGAAAGUUUCCAGAUGACAAAAUAGUAAAAUCCAAAGAGUAUACUAAGUUAUCCAACCAACCCAAAUUACCUAAGUUUAAAAAUUACAGCAACCCUUCAUCUGGUGCAUCACAUGCUUAUUCAAACGAUCAGGCUCUGAACUCUGACAAUUCUGUAAAGUUAGAACUCUCUCAAAUGCAGGUUACAACAAAAAAUAAUAUCCCUUAUAAAUUUUGGAAUUCAGUUGAUCCUUAUUGUGCACCUGUGACAAUGGAUGACAUAAAGUUUCUGGAUUCACUUCUAGCACAGAGUAGCAAUACAACUUUACCACCCAUACCACCUCUUGGAAGACAUUACUCUGAAGUGUGGGCUGAUGAGCAUAUUUCAGAAGACCAAAAUGCUUCUAACCCUAACAAAAAAACAGGUGGUACUGCAGAUACAACAAACAUUAAGAAAAAGCUUGAGAAAUCAUCAGAAAAUAUGAUUACCGGCCCACUUACACAAAGAUUGGUAUCAGCCUUGAUGGAGGAAAAUGUCAUGCCAUAUGAAAUACCUGAUAUAAAAAGUAAGAAUUAUGCUGCUACAAAAAAUAGUUACAAAAACUCCUUAACCCUAGAAAAAUGUUUAAGGAAAGAGUUAGUUGAACAGGGCAUCCUAGACCCUGAAGACCUACCACCACUUACCAAUCCAGCUGAUGAUGAAAUUUUAGCUGAAAUAAAAAAGUGUCAAACUGAACUAACGGCUGUUCGCAAGGAAAACUGUAGGAAUUUGAAAAACCUGAUUGGUUUAUGUAAACAAGAAAUGAUAAGGCUUAACUUGAAGAAGCAAUUGGAUCAAGUUGAUUUAGAAUGUAUUGAUAUUUAUAAGAAAAUGGUAGCUGCUAAACAAAAGAAGCGACCUAUUACCAAAAAAGAGAAGGAAGAUGCUUGGCGAGCAAUUAAUGAACAGAUAAGACUUAACAAAGAAAUCAAUGCUUUGCCACUGACUGGACCUAACUCCAGCUAA